CUGAUAAAUGGAGAACUUAAUGUCUUGUAUUGUUCUUUUAUAUGAACAUUCUAUCUAUGGAUGUAACACAAAACAUUGACUUUUGAAAAGCAAAAUACAGAAAACAAGAUAACUAAAAAAACAAUGGAAGAAAAAAAAUAUGUUGUGGAGAUAGAGAAAGCCAAAGAAGCAAAAGAAGGGAAACCUUCAGUGGGUCCAGUUUACAGAAGUGUAGCUGCUAAACAUGGUUUUCCACCACUUCUUCCUGGAAUGGAAACUUGCUGGGAUAUUUUUCGCAUAUCAGUGAAGAAAUACCCAAAUAAUCAAAUGCUUGGAUAUAAUGGAAAUGCAGGAAAUUAUGUUUGGUUGACAUACAAGGAGGUAUAUGACAUUGUUAUUAAGGUUGGAGCAUCUAUUCGUAGCUGUGGUAUUAGUAAAGGAGGACGAUGUGGUAUCUAUAGUACUAAUUGCCCGAAAUGGAUGAUUAGCAUGCAGGCCUGUAACGCUCAUGGAUUGUACAGUGUCCCUCUUUACGAUUCUCUUGGUGCUGGUGCAGUGGAAUAUAUAAUAUGUCAUGCAGAAGUGUCUAUUGCUUUUGUAGAAGAAAACAAGAUUUCUGAGGUUCUCAAAACAUUGUCCAGUACAUCAAAGUACUUGAAAACACUUGUGAGCUUCGGAAAGUUUAAAAAUAAUCAAAAGGAACAUGCUGAAAGAUUUGGCCUGGCUAUCUACUCUUGGGAUGAGUUUCUGCAACUGGGAAACAAUCAACAAUUUGAUCUUCCUACAAAAAAGAAGAGUGAAAUUUGCACAAUAAUGUAUACUAGUGGUACAACUAGUGAGCCCAAGGGAGUAUUGAUUUCCAAUGAGACUGUUGUCACUGUUGUAUCUGGCAUUAAUUUCUCAUUGCAGAGCAUAAAUGAAGAGUUAAGGCAGGAUGAUGUAUACCUCUCAUAUCUUCCUCUAGCACACAUCUUCGAUCGAGUGGUCGAGGAAUUAUUCAUCUGUACCGGUGCAUCAAUAGGAUAUUGGCGAGGAGAUGUGAAACUGCUGUCUGAAGACAUCAGAGACCUGAAACCGACACUUCUUUGUUCUGUUCCACGCGUUUUAGACAGGAUUUAUUCAGGUUUGAUGGAAAAGAUAUCUUCUUCUGGGUCUCUGAAGCGUACAUUAUUCAAUAUCGCCUACUCCUACAAACUAACUAAUAUGAACAAAGGAUUUAAGCAGGAAGAGGCAUCCCCUCUUUUUGAUAAGAUUGUGUUUAGUAAGGUCAAAGAAGGUCUUGGAGGAAGACUUCGUUUGAUCCUUUCCGGAGGAGCACCUCUUGCUUCCGGUGUCGAAACAUUCCUGCGUGUAGUGACUUGUGCGCAUGUGCUGCAAGGAUAUGGUCUUACAGAAAGUUGUGCAGCUUCAUUCAUUGCACAACCUAAUGAUAUGUCAAUGAUCGGAACCGUGGGCCCUCCUAUGCCAAACGUUGAUAUCUGCUUAGAAUCCGUGCCAGAAAUGGGGUAUGAUGCUCUUUCCAGCACUCCACGUGGAGAAAUAUGCAUUCGAGGAAAAACCCUCUUCACUGGUUACUAUAAACGAGAAGACCUCACAAACGAAGUCAUGGUUGACGGAUGGUUCCACACAGGGGAUAUAGGAGAGUGGCAACCAGAUGGAUGCAUGAAGGUCAUUGAUCGUAAGAAAAACAUCUUCAAGCUCUCACAGGGUGAAUAUGUGUCAGUUGAAAAUUUAGAGAAUACUUACAGUCUUGCUUCAGAAAUUGAUGCGAUUUGGGUUUAUGGAAAUAGCUUCCAAUCGUUCCUCGUUGCUAUUGUCAACCCUAACAAACAGGCUCUUGAACGCUGGGCAGCUGACGAACAUGGAGUUGUAGAUGAUUUCAGUUCAUUGUGUCAAAACCCUCAAGCAAAGGCCUACAUCCUUACUAGACUUAAGGAGAUUGCCAAAGAGAACAAGUUAAAAGGUUUUGAAGAAAUCAAGGCCGUGCAUCUUGAUCAUAUACCAUUUGACAUGGAUCGUGAUCUCCUAACUCCAACUUUUAAGAAAAAGAGGCCUCAAUUACUUAAGUAUUACAAGGAUACGAUUGACAACUUAUACCAAGAACGAAAUGAACAACGACAAUCAUAUUAGAACAUCAGCCAUCUGCUACGAAUCAGACAAUGGACAUCCUCCAUCUAAGAUCCAUCUCUUGCUUAAAAAGUUAUUACAAUGAUCAUAUAAUGUAAUCUUUCGGAUUAUAUGAGAUAUAUUUUAUGUGUACAUCUACAUUUUUCUUCGUUUUUCACUUGAAAUAAUGUUUUGUUUCUUCAA